UCUAGGCAGGUGGGCGCCGGGGCUGGGUCGGGCUGGGCUGGGCAUGGCGGCGCUGCAGUUCGGGGCGGCGAGCGGGGCUGAGGAGCCGGUCUUGCCCGGCGGCAGCUUCGGCGCGGCGGACUCGUUCCCCAAGGAUUUCGGCUACGGCGCCGAGGACGACGACGACGAGGAUGACGACGAGGCGGCCGAGCUGGGCGGCGCCGGCGGGCCCGGCGGGGGCGGCGGCUGCGGGCUGGGCCCGGGCGGGGACGCUUCCAAGCAGCCUCGCAUCUUGCUCAUGGGGCUGCGGCGCAGUGGGAAGUCGUCCAUCCAGAAGGUGGUAUUUCACAAAAUGUCUCCUAAUGAAACCUUGUUUUUGGAGAGUACUAACAAGAUCUAUAAAGAUGACAUUUCGAACAGCUCCUUUGUGAACUUCCAAAUAUGGGAUUUUCCUGGGCAAAUGGAUUUUUUUGACCCGACAUUUGAUUAUGAGAUGAUCUUCAGAGGAACUGGAGCCCUUAUCUAUGUUAUCGACGCUCAGGAUGACUAUAUGGAAGCUUUAACUAGGCUCCACAUUACUGUCUCAAAAGCCUACAAAAUCAAUCCAGACAUGAACUUUGAGGUUUUUAUUCAUAAAGUAGAUGGCUUGUCAGACGACCAUAAAAUAGAAACGCAAAGAGAUAUUCACCAGAGAGCUAAUGAUGACCUUGGUGAUGCUGGGUUAGAAAAGCUUCAUCUUAGCUUCUAUUUGACUAGCAUCUACGACCAUUCAAUAUUUGAAGCCUUCAGUAAGGUGGUGCAGAAGCUUAUACCCCAGUUGCCAACUCUGGAAAACCUGCUAAAUAUCUUUAUAUCGAAUUCAGGGAUUGAGAAAGCUUUCCUCUUUGAUGUCGUCAGCAAGAUUUAUAUAGCAACUGACAGUUCCCCCGUUGACAUGCAGUCGUAUGAGCUCUGCUGCGACAUGAUUGAUGUGGUCAUUGAUGUCUCUUGUAUAUAUGGGCUAAAGGAGGACGGGAGUGGAAGUGCUUACGACAAGGAGUCUAUGGCAAUUAUCAAACUAAAUAACACGACCGUUCUGUAUUUGAAAGAAGUAACAAAGUUUCUGGCCUUGGUGUGCAUCCUCAGAGAAGAAAGCUUUGAACGCAAAGGUUUAAUAGACUACAAUUUCCACUGCUUCCGCAAGGCCAUCCACGAGGUCUUCGAAGUGGGCGUUUCCUCCCAUCGCUUCUGCAACCAUCAAGCAAACAUGCCCAGUCUAAAAGCAGUGACUCAUAACGGCACCCCUAGAAACGCAGUCUAGGGGAUACCAAACCUUGGACGGCCAAGUGCUUGCCUACCCCUGGAGUGUGUCUAUAGGGGGUGAGUGGCAAAGAGGGACUGGCUGCGUACAUUCCUGUGUGCGUUCUGGAAGAGAAGAGAAAACUUGCCUUACAGAGCUGGGUGUGGCACAAGCAGAAGGCUGCUAAGCCCUUGGGACCGAGAGUGGCUGCUUCUGUCUUCAUGUGGUGGCUCUUGGGAGUAAAAAAGUCUCCUUCACCUGGACCAUCUCCCUUGAUAAGCAUGGAAUAUUCCAGAGCUGAGCUGAAUUGACACGUGCUCAGGAUUCUUAUAUGUUUAAGCCUAAGUAGUGUUAGAUCAUUUGCCCUUUCAAAAA